AUGACUGCUGAGAUUGAUUACUUGAAGAGGGCAUGGGACUACUCAGAAGAUGAUGAGAUCGCUUUAAAACAAAUUUACGCUUAUUUAUUUUCAUAUUUUGGGUUUACCGACCACAAAGACAAAGACAUCGUCAAGGCAAGUAAUUUUGUUGGUUCUGACCAUUCUUCGAAACCAUUUUUGAGCUCAGAGAAAGCCACUGGGUCAAGUAUUAGUUUUUCUAGCGAUGAAGAGACGAAGGUCAACUUAUCUGCCUCUGAUGAUAUUAAAUCUCGCUUCAAAACACUAGGAGGUUACGAGGGAGUGUUAGAGCAAGCCCAUAAAGGGAAAUCUAAAAAGCAUCACAAACAUUUCCAUACACAUAAUCACCAUCACAAAGCUUUGCAAAAGCACGAUCCCAGCGACCUUUUCAUAUCUUUCAUUUUGUUUCCUAGAAAUGAAAAUUUUGAUAUCAUUAUAAAGCGAUUUUUUGUUGCAAGAAAAAAGAAAGUGGAUGAUGUUUUGGAAAUGAUGGCGAAAAAUUUGGAUUGGAGAAUUAAUUCCCAUCAAGUAGAUCGAUGGGUAAAUGGUGGAGAUGCUGAAGUAUUCUUUAAAGGUAACAGUCCUCAAUUCAUUGAUGCUUUCAAGAUCAACCAAGCGUUCCUUCGUGGAAGAGACAAAAUUGGUCGUCCUAUUGUUGUUAUUCAUGUCAAGGAUCACCUAGGUAAAAAUUGCCCCGAAAGAGAGUUUGAGAAAUUUAUCUGUAUUCUUAUCGAAUGGACAAGAUUCAAUUUAUCUUCUUUACAGGAAGGCGUUGACAAAGCUUGUCUUCUUUUUGAUAUGACCGGUUUUAGUUUGAAAAAUGCUGACUUCGCUGCCAUCAAAUUCUUAGCUACUGCAUUUGAAGCCAAUUAUCCUGAAUGUUUGGGUGCAAUCUGGAUUCACAGUGCUCCUUGGGUUUUUAAUGCUGUCUGGAAAGUUAUCAGGGGUUGGUUAGAUCCAGUUGUUGCACUGAAGAUCCACUUUACCAAGACGGCAGAAGAUUUGGAGGCCUUCGUAUCUAGGGAGUACAUUCCUAAAAGUCUUGGUGGUGAUGACGAGUUUAACAUGAAGUACAAGAACCCUACUCAUGAAGAUAACGAAAAACCAAAAGACGAAAGAUACAAAGAAUUAAUUGAAGAAAGAGAUGACUUAAUCAUAAGUUUCUUCGAAACCACGAACAGGUGGUUGCAAGCCAAAUCAGUAGCAGAAUCUGACAAAUAUUUGCAGAACCGGCUCAUCUUAAGCGUCAAGUUGGCGCAAAACUAUAUCGAGCUCGAUCCUUACAUUAGGAAGAGAAGCAUCUUUGAACGUAUUGGCGAAAUGAAGGAAAUUGGGUAUUAA